UGUGUGACACAGUGUGUGCGCGCAUUCCUUCGCAUCCAGUGGAGCAGCAGUCGGAGGUUGAGGGUCCGCGCAGAGAGGACACACUCUUGGGCAGAAAGCAGCCAUCAGUGUCGCCGUUACAACACAAGACAACAUGCAGGCGGAUGGCAAGGUGGUCGACGGCAGCCUGCUGGGAGAUGCCAACGGCGUCGAGCCUGCGCCGGGCCGAGUGAAGGAUUCUGGGAAGUGGCAGAAGCCGCGGUUCUCUCGGAAAGCUCUGAUGAAGUGCUGCCUGGUUAAAUGGAUCAUCGCCAGCACACAGCCACAGGACAAAGACAGCAGCGACAGUGACCUGGAGCUGUCGACGGUGCGUCACCAGCCGGAGGGUCUGGACCAGCUGCAGGCUCAGACCAAGUUCACCAGGAAGGAACUGCAGUCUCUCUAUCGAGGCUUCAAGAAUGAGUGUCCCAGUGGGCUGGUUGAUGAGGAGACGUUCAAGACCAUCUAUUCUCAGUUCUUUCCCCAAGGAGAUGCAACCACCUACGCUCACUUCCUGUUCAACGCAUUUGACAUCGACAGGAAUGGUUCAAUCCGAUUUGAGGACUUCGUCAUCGGCCUGUCUGUGUUGCUCCGAGGUUCGGUCACUGAGAAGCUCAACUGGGCUUUCAACCUCUACGAUAUUAAUAAGGACGGUUACAUCACCAAAGAGGAGAUGCUGGCCAUUAUGAAGUCAAUCUAUGACAUGAUGGGGAGGUACACCUACCCCUGUGUGCGAGAUGAGGCACCCUAUGAGCAUGUGGACAAGUUCUUCCAGAAAAUGGAUAAAAACCGAGAUGGAGUGGUAACCAUUGAAGAGUUCAUUGAGACCUGUCAGAAGGACGAGAACAUCAUGAACUCCAUGCAGCUAUUCGAGAAUGUGAUAUAAGGACAGACACUCGCACAACUUACACACAAAUAAAGCACGGCCACACCUCACAUACUAUAGGGACUGUAAAAACACAGGACACUAGAUGUUUUGUUUUUGUUUCUGGCCACGCUCCCAUAGCUGUAUCUUUAAAUGCUUCUGGAUUAAAAAGGACUGCAACAGACAGAAGAAGAGCUUCCUGGUAAAAAAAAAAAAAAACUGUCUGGUGUAUUUCUUUGUGUCCCAAAUGAAGAAACAGAAGAGCUCCGUGUUUUUUUUAUCAUCAGACAAAAAGAAUCAACAAGGAAUGGAGAAGCUUACAAUAAUCCACUGGCCUGAGCACACAAGGGUAUUAGCUUUAAUACGAAUACACCUCGUCUCUCACGCGCGCACACACACACACAAACACACACACACACACACACACACAAUCACACACACACACACACACACACCUACUGUUUCCUCAAGAGUUUUAGAGCACUGGAUGAAGUGAACUAGAGAAUAAAAAUUUAAGAAAAAAAAGAGAAAUGAACUAAAGCAUGUUUGUCAUCAAAUAUGUGAUGUGGAAUUAGCUUGCACUACAAUUUUAUGACUAUGUAUUAUAUGCGCCUGAAGUAAAGGCACUGUAGAUACCUGCACCUGAUACACCUCUGGUGUGUAUGUAUAUAUGUAUAGUUAAUAGUUAUAUAUCCUACCUUGUAUUGGUCUCAUCUGUGCUGCACUGGGUGAUGGAAUAGGACCAGAACUGAAUAUUUGUUUUAGAAAUCUCUGUUUAACAUCAUGUUUAGUAGCAGUUCUUCACAAAUAUUUAUCUUAUUUUUUUGUAUUUUGGUUAUGAUUAGCUGUUCAGAUUGGAACGGUGAAUCUGUACAGUACUGUGAUGAAACAAACGGACUGUUAAAAGUGUGUUCUUAUGCUGAAUUAACGCUUUCUCUUGGUUCUUCAGUAUCGGCGAGCAUGCUGACUCUAAGUGCCACAGUAUUAUGUACAGUACAGUAGGGCCUUUGUGAUGUCGGGUUAAUUAAAGAUGCUGUCAACAGCU